UAGGGGAGUGGCCAAAAUAAGGGGAGGGCAUGUAUUUAUGCUCACUGUGUUAUAAAAGUUCCCACAGCUUGCCAUCUUCCUUACAGCACCCAGUGAACUGUCCAGCUCACUUGUUGUUGUGAAGCCGUGAUGAUGAAGUGUACCGCCGUGUGCCUCGUGGCACUGUCCUUGCUCGGCAGCCUCUGUGAUGCUCAGUGGCCGCAAAAGCCCUCAAAACCUAGUUACCCGCAGGCUGAGUCCAAACAACAGCCCCAACAGUCAAAGCAAGAAUUUGAGAAACCACUGACCUGGACGUAUCCUCAAGUACCCGAGCCACAGCCCAAGCCUGAUGUGCCAUUUGAGCUGAGGUAUCCUGUUCCUGCUGCAACUGUUGCCGUGGAGUGCAGAGAAAGUGUCGCUCAUGUGGAAGUGAAGAAGGACAUGUUUGGGAUCGGCCAGUUUAUCAAUCCCAAUGACCUCACCCUUGGAACAUGUGGCGCUGUUGCAGAGGACAAUGCAGCACAUGUGUUGAUUUUUGAAGCUCAGCUCCAUGACUGUGGCAGCACGUUAGCUAUGGGAGGAGAGUACUUUGUUUACACUUUUACCCUAAACUAUAACCCACAAAGUCUGGGUGGUUCUCCAGUGGUAAGGACAAGCCAGGCUGCUGUAAUUGUGGAAUGCCACUAUCCAAGGAAACACAAUGUGAGCAGUCUUCCCAUUGACCCUCUCUGGAUCCCAUUCUCCGCAGUUAAGAUAGCGGAGGAGUUCUUGUCUUUUACACUGACACUAAUGACAGAUGACUGGCAAUUUGAGAGACCGAGCUACCAGUACUUUCUUGGAGAUAUGAUUAAUAUCGAGGCAACUGUCAAGCAGUACUUCCACGCACCUCUGCGUGUCUACGUGGACAACUGUGUCGCUACUCUCACCACUGAUGCAUUGUCCAACCCCAGAUAUGCCUUUAUUGAGAACCAUGGGUGUUUCGUUGAUGCUAGAAUCACUGGUUCUGCCUCAAAAUUUCUGGCACGCAGUGCAGAAUACAAGCUCCAGUUCCAAUUGGAGGCAUUCAGGUUCCAAGGUGCUGAUAGUGGAAUUAUCUACAUCACCUGCCACUUGAAAGCCACACUAGCUGCCUACCAAUAUGACAACGAACACAGAGCUUGUUCAUAUAUUAAUGGGUGGAGGGAAGUCAGUGGCACUCCUUCAGUUUGUGACUCUUGUGAGUCUGCUAAUUUUGGCCCAGUCGGGGGUUCCGCUGGUGCCAUAGCAAGUGGAAUUUCAACUGCAGCAGCUCAAGGUGUCUCCGGAAGUGGUUCAUCAACCGGUGGAUAUGGUGGUGGUUCAUCAACCGGCGGAUAUGGCGGUGGAUAUGUUGGUCAUUUUGGCAAGCCAUCUAAUCCUGGAAGAAAGAUACGCGACUUGUCUAAACAAGAAGCUUUCGAAUGGGAAGGCAUUGUCACCGUGGGCGUGAACAUUGAAGAUAAGAUGGAAGCUUAACUUAAUUCUCUGCCAUCUCAACUACCACAGAAAUAAACAUUCUCAUUGGUCAUAUAUUUCUUUGCAUGUUGUUCAGUUGCUCUAAGGUUACAACUGCCAUUGAACCUCUAAGAAAUGUGAAAGUUAAAGAGACAAGAAACAUAAACCAGAUGGCACAGAAUUUUAAUCGGAGUAGGUACAAUAAACAUUUGCCUAAAUCUUACUUAUGGAAAACAUCUGCUCAGUUGCUCUGGACUAAAUCAUCACGUUAUGUAAAAUAAAAUGCAAUUGUGCUAAAAAAAAAAA